AUGGAUCCGCGCUUCAUCGUCACCCGCGAAGAACUAUACGAUGUCCAGAUGGACUUGAAGCGCCUUCAUUCCAUCCAGCAUCAGCACUCGGAGCGGUUACGAUUGUUGGAAAAACGCCAGGCUGAUGAUGCCGCCUUGAAGUCUGUCUGGAGUUCGCCGUUCCCAAGUAUGCUCGGCACUACAACCCCUCAGCAUGGGCCAGUUCACUUGCCGGCCAACGAUUUGUUUGACGACCUUGACGAGCAGGGUCAGAACUUGCUUGGUAGGCUGCAGCUUGAGCCUGAGGACGAACCUAUACGGCGAGGGGCGGCAUCGAGGGCGAAUAGUUCUGAUGGGAGGCAUAGCUCUGCCGGCCAUUCUGUUCAUUCAGUGCAUUCAAACGCCUCUGGUCGAGCUAGCAGUCUCGGCCUUGACACCAACUUCUCGAUUGGUGGCAUGGAGGAUGACUCUCCCCUCGAUGUCCCGGAACCUCCACCGGGGUUCUUCUACCUGGGCGCAGCUCCGUCCAUCAUUCGUUGUUGCUUGACUGAUAACAUCACCAACAAGGGAUUGCUUUAUGCUGUCGUCUGCACUGGCUCUCAAAAGUCAACAGUGGACUAUAGUGUGGUCAAAGACCUGCAUCUGACCAACCAAAUGCAAAGAGGAAUGGACGGCAUCUACAGGAUCGAUCUUCCGGUCUACCUUACCGAAGCUAGAGUCGUACAGUCCAAUUCUAGGUCUGUCAGCCCGAUUCACCCGCUGCCACCUAGCAUCACAUGUUCUUUUGAAGUAACAGGCAUGGAUCAACCAGAAACUACCGAAACCAAGAAGAGCAUUCGCGUCUUCAUCGGUAACCACACAUUGCGCUUGCAUAGUGCGGACCUUCUGCUUUCUCAGAAUUCCAUGACCUUGUAUGGCACUGGCAGGGACAAGCUUUCUGUACCCUUUGUUCGACCCGAGGAUGAUGCCAUCUUCAAAAAUCUUGCAGUCACUAAUAUGGCUCCUGGGAAUAAGGCUAAGCUGAACGCUGCUGCACCUGAGUUCGUUGCUGGCGACCGAGUCGCAAAACCGUCGGCCAAAUGCAAUGAAGAACCGACACCCAAGCAAAAUGGAGAUACUGCCUCGGAGGGAGCAGUUUUGUCGCCUGUGAGGUCGCCUCAACCACUCAAGACCACUUCUGAGGCAACCAGCGCAGCAUCUGAAGGGGGUGGAGAGUAUGAGAAGGAGCAACCUCAGCAGCAGCAGCAGCAGCAGCAGCCGCCGCCGCCGCCGCCGCCUGUUCCAGCCGACUCUGUAGUCUCUGAAGACGUCCCCAAAAAUGGUGCCAAAGAAAAUGCCACGCCCACAUCAAUGACCGAGACCGUUCGCCGGGAACCUAGCGCGGCCAUCAGGACUCCGUGGCGACAAACUGCUGCCAGUCUUGCUGACAAGGAAAGCACCCCGUUGAGCGGUUACCAGCCAGCUGCGAGGGGUCGCAGUAUGAAGAUCUUACGACCGACGAAGAUAUCCUCUAUCAGCAGCAUCAGCAGCACUGUUGGUCCGAACUCGCCGUCAACUACUCGAUCAACGGGGGCGUUCGAAUCUCCCUCCGUUCCACGGUCUAACGGAACCGAUCUGCGACGGACCAAGGGCUCGACAGCUAGCGCCGCUGCGGCGGAAGGCAGUCAGAGCACCACCAACAGCCCCACGGUAGGCAGUUGGGGUCCCUCCAAACGCAGUCUGAGCACCAGUGCUAGCGCUUCCAACCUUGGAAACUUGGAAGGUGGCAAGGGCAUCGAGACUAGGGAGCAAAGGUCUUCGUCAUUGGCAACCACUGUAGGCAGUCCCAUGCAUCAGGAUGGACUCAAGACGCCGACGGCUCCCAGAUUGGCCACGAACCCUCUUGGUAGUGCAUCUGCUUUUGCUUGGAUGGGGAGUAAAACGGCGGGUAAGGCGUCUGCGAGUCCAUUCUAG